AUGUCAGCAGAUUCUCUCCAGCAGGACAACGUCCUGAGCCUCGCAGCCAGAGCUAUCCAGCCCGAGGCUGAGGGCCAGCCAAGCCUCAAAACAUCAUAUGAAGCCGUGGCUCUGAUCGGCCAUGCCUGCAUGGUAGCAGCCAACUUCAGACUGGUGGGCCUUGGAGAAGACCACACCAUAGAAACAUCCGCUGCUUCUUCCACCCUCCCCGCGGAAUGGAACGCCCACACCACCUUUGCUUUUCGCUAUGCCCAUGAACAAUCCUCGAUGCAGUACCUCCUCAAAGUGAGCCGACUCGGCAACAACGCCGUGAUAUUUGCUUUGGCUCUAGGCGAUGAUCGAACUUCCUCGUUCGAUAUUCCCACCAAAGAUUACAUCUCCGCGUCUGCCCUCCCUCUCUCCUCCACAGACAAUAUUACAGGAGCCCUGCGGGACGUGUUCAUAUCGCAUGCUCGCUUGAGCGAUCUGAUCGGACUGUUUAAGAUUAAUGUGAUCCAGAAACUCGCGCCGGGACUAUACAAGGAAGGUUACGACCCUACCAGGCAGGAGGCACAGCGAGAGCUGCCUCAAGAACAGGGACGGCGACGUGAUCCACUGCGUGAUGACUCUCUUCCCCAACCCGCCCGUCCAUACCCGUUCAAUGACCCGCUGGCAGCCGCUCCUCGUCGACCCAAUCCUCCUGGCGACUUUGCCCCGCCUGGGUUUGAGGAUGAGUACGAGAUCAAUAGCCCACCACGAGGGUAUCAGCCUGGGUUUAGGGGAGGAAGAAAUCCAUACAAUAUCGGGGAACGAGAUCUCUAUCCCGCUGGGCUCGGUCCUAAUGAUCCUUUCCGAGGCACUAUGGGCCCUGGUUUUGGGUCGGGCGGCGGUGGCAUGCACCCUACCUUUGACGAUCCUCUCUUCGGAGGACCUGGUGGCCGCGGUGGUUAUGAUCCUCGAGCGCCGCCUGGAGCCAGGUAUGAUCCCCCUGGACCGGGCCAACCGCCAUUUGGAAGCAAUCGAGGACCUUUUGGUGGACCUGGACCGGGUGGAAACUCUGGCGGAGGCUUUGGAGGAAUGGGCGGUGGGUUUGGAGGGGAUAUAAUCUGA